AUGUCCACCUUCAUAGCCCUGCUCUGUCUGGGAAUGACUCUGUGCCCCGGGACGCCAGUGCUGACAGGAACCCUGCCUAAGUCUCUACUAAGAGCACAGCCAGAUACUGUAGUCUCCAAGCAGACUAACGUGACCUUCUUGUGUGAGGGUAUGAAAGGCGCAAAAGAGUUCCGUAUCUACAAAGAUGGAGUUCAAUAUACUCAGUUCACACAGAUUCUACUAAAGUCUGAGAACAAGGCAGAAUUCUCCAUCUCAAACAUUGACCAGAACCAUGCAGGGAGAUAUCAGUGCUGCUAUCAGACCCAUGAUGGAUGGUCAGACUACAGUGACACCUUGGAGCUGGUGGUGACAGGAGAACACACUAAACCCAGUCUGUCAGCCCAGCCCAGCCCAGUGGUGACCUCAGGAGGAAAUGUCACCCUUCAGUGUGACUCAUGGCAGCGUCAUGACAGGUUCGUUCUGAUUAAGGAAGGACCAGAGAAGCUCUCCUGGACACUGGACUCACAGUAUAACUUCUCUGAUAGACAAUACCAGGCUCUGUUCUUUGUGGGUCCUGUGACCUCCAACCAAAGGUGGACAUUCAGAUGCUACAGCUUUGACAGAAACAGAUCAUUGGUGUGGUCAGAACCCAGUGAUCCACUGGAACUCCUGGUUACAGGGAACCUCGACAAACCCAUCAUCAAGGCUGAACCAGGUACUGUGAUUGCCUACAAAAGUGCCGUGACCAUCUGGUGUCAGGGGAGCCUGAACGCAGAAUUGUAUGCUCUUCAUAAACAAGAAAACCCAAAGCCCUUGGUCUUAAGGUCCCCAGAGAAGUCUAGAAAAAAAAAGGCCAAUUUCUCCAUUCCUUCUGCGACAGAGAAACAUGUGGGAAUGUAUCAAUGUUACUGUUACAGCAUGGCAGGCUAGUCAGAUCACAGAGACACCUGGAGAUUGUAGUUACAGGUGAGGGAAUACGAUAACCCCAGCCUGUCAUCCAUACCAGGCUCUGUAGCAAACUCAGGAGGGAACAUGACUCUACAGUGUGUUUCAUUUGUGAGAUAUGACUAGCUCAUUCUCAUCAAGGAAGAUGAGUUCUCCAUCUCCCUGGACUCACAGUUUUAUAUACACACUAAUGCACACUAUGAAGCCAUGUUCUCUAUUUGUCCAGUGACCCUAGUCCACAGAGGAAUAUUCAGAUGUUAUGGUUACUACAAGGAUACCACACAGUUGUGGUCAGUACCCAGUGACCCCCUAGAAAUAAACAUAUUAGGGCUGUCCAAGAAGCCCACCCUGCUGACUCACCAAGGCCAUAUCCUGGAUCUUUCGAAGAGUCUCACCCUGCAGUGUUGUUCUGAUAUCAACUAUGACAGAUUUGCUUUAUACAAGGUGGGGGGAAAUGACUUCACCCAGCACCAUGGCCAGUGGACUCAGGAUGGUCUCUCCUUUGCCAACUUCACACUGGGCUCUGUGAGUAACUCAACUGGUGGCCAGUACAGAUGCUAUGGUGCACACAACCUCUCUUCUGAGUGGUCAGCCUCCAGUGACCCUUUGGACAUUCUGAUCACAGGACACUUUCCUGUCACUCCUGUUCUCUCAGUGAAGCUUAACCCAACAGUAAAUCCAGGAGACUAUGUGACACUUCUGUGUUGGUCAAGAGACCCAGUGGACACUUUCAUUCUGUACAAGGAGGGAAAAGUCCAUCAACCUCAGCGACGAAAAGCAAUGUUCCAAGAUUCGCAGUACCAGGCAGAAUUCACCCUGAGUGCUGUGACCUCUGCUGUCUCAGGGAGCUACAGGUGCUAUGGUUCUCAAAACUCAUCACUAUACCUGUUGUCAUAUGCCAGUGCUCCUGUGGAGCUCAUCGUUUCAGGUGAGCAUCUAACCCUCAUCCUUUCCUUGUUCUGUUUCCUAGGACCCACUGAAGCAACCAGCCUGCCACCAUCGAAGUCCCUGCCACCAUCGAAGCCCAUGCCAACACCUGGACUGGAAAACUGCCUAAUGGCUCUGGUUGGAGUGUCUGUGACCUUCCUCUUGUUAUCAUUCAUCCUCAUCUUCCUCCUUCUCCCACAAAGGCAACAGGGAAAAUUCAGGAAGGAAGCCAAGAAAGAGACAGAAUUCCAGGUUCCUGCAGGAGCUGCAGAGCUAAUAACCAGAGAUAGGGGCCCCCAGGAGAGAUCAAACAGAGCUGCUGCCACCGAGGAAGAAGGCCUUUAUGCUUCAGUGGAGGACAUACAACUUGAGGAUGGUGUGGAACUGAACAGUUGGUCUUUACAGACUGAAACCAAGAUUCCUAGAAAAGAGGCUGAAAACCGAAGGAAGGGCACGACCAUCUUGGAUGAUAAGUUUCAGUCAGUUGAGGUAAUUUCAAAAACAAUUCAGACGGACACCAACCUCAAGAAAGAGUUUGGAGUUCUCAAGGAAGAGACUAGAUCUUUGUCUAAUAUGACUCGAUCAAGUGAGCGAAAUUUUGAGAAGGUACAGUCUAAUAUUAAUUCAUUGAAAGGGAGCUUCGCUGUUCUGGAGGAGGUAACAGCUGAUUUGGCUCAUAAAAUCCAGUCCAUGACUGAACAAGCUCUUUCUGAUGACCACCUCUUAUCCAUAUGUGCCACAGCAGCUUUAAAGGCUUAG